AUGCAAGGUCACACUGGAAAAGAACUAGCAGAAAGCUUGCUCGAGUUUUUGAAAGCCCAUGACAUCGCUAUUGCCGAUUGCCGCGGUCAGUCUUACGAUAAUGCGAGCAAUAUGAGCGGAAAAUAUAAUGGCAUGCAGGCCAUUAUUCGGCAACAAUGUAAUCUGGCUGAGUAUGUACCCUGCGCCGCACAUUCCCUCAAUCUGGUUGGUCAGACUGCAGUAGGUUGUUGCACGCUGGCCAUUGGAUUCUUCAGGUUCCUUCAAGGACUAUACUCCUUCUUUUCUGCUUCACCGCAUCGUUGGAAAGUUCUGAUGGAUCAACUGUCAAGCGAGGGCCUGCCAACAGUCAAACGCAUGUCAGAUACUCGCUGAUCAGCACGCGCAGACGCCACAAAGGCUCUAGUCAAGGGCUAUGAUGAAAUUAACGACGCAUUGGUAGAAAUCGCAGACGACGAAGAGAAGAAAGCCGAAACCCGAGAGGAAGCCCGUGGACUUGCAACCAAAAUGAACCAACUCGAAACCGGGAUUCUGGCAGCUCUGUGGCAUCACAUCCUGCAUCGUUUUCACGCGAACAGUCAAGCCCUGCAAUCAGCCGACCAAGAUCUCAACUCCGCAGUUGCAAUCUAUGAAUCACUCAUGGAUUUUAUCGGUAAGCAGCGUGCAAGAUUUGAAGAGUUUGAGGCUGAGGGAAAGAAGCUCAGUCAAUGUGACCAGUACGUCGGCGAAGAGAAACGAGUGCGUAAGAGAAAUCGCCGUUACGACGAGCCAGGAUCUGCGCCGGAAGUGUCGCAGACCCCCGCCAAUAAGUUCCGUACGGAUACGUUCCUUGUCAUAAUCGACAAAAUUGACGCUGAGUUGGGCGCAUACACCGGAAUUGUUUGGCUUUCUACGAAAGCUCAAGGACCUUUCAGUUGA